AUGUCUACCGUCAUGGGCAUCGCUUCCUCGGUCUUCUUCAUGGUUUUUGACAUCUUCGUCAGACUCACAAUUUUAUUCGAUAUCUCCAUACUCUCGGUCACUACCAUGCAGUCCAACUCUAUCAUGACUGCCAUCCGCCGCACCAUUGUCAACGCCGUUGCCUUCCCCUUCCUUCUACUCGACGACGCUAUCUCUGCGCUCGGCCACCUCAGGAGUUCUGUUCGCGUCCAGAGAGCCUACCGUAUGGUCUCCAACACUUUCCGCUACGCCGCCAACGCUCUUCAUCACUCUGCCAUGACUGGCGGAUCUACGGUCAAGGACCACCCCUACUCCUCUCAAGGGCAGUCAGAAGAAUUGUGUCUGAGCUCGUCUCUGACUUUAUGGAGUAGCAGUGUGCGGAGACACGCAUUUCCCGCGAAUCUACCUGCCUCUCCACUACCACUGCUUUCUACGAUGGUGGUGGUCAAUGACACACGUAGACUUUGCAUUGUACUAGAAGAUACUGGCCGUCCAGUGUAUCACAGCAUUGAUUAG